UCGAUCAGUAAACAAGGGAAUAUGGCAUUCGUGCUUGAUAAUGGAGCUUAUACCAUCAAAGCUGGAUUUUCCAACGGUCCUCCUCAGAUAAUUCCAAACUGUAUAAUGAAAGCGAAGAGUGAACGUCGUCGUCCCUUCAUUGGCAAUCAGAUAGAGGACUGUCGUGAUGCCUCAGGUCUGUUCUACAUGCUGCCAUACCAGAAAGGAUAUCUCGUCAACUGGGACGUCCAAAAAACAGUGUGGGAUUACAUAUUCUCCAAGGACUGCCUAUCAACUUCGCUGAACAACUGUCCAACAAUAAUAACAGAGCCUCCCUUCAAUUUUGCUCCAAUCCAGGAGGCAAUGGUGGAGAUAUUCUUCGAGGAAUACGAGUGUCCAAGUCUUCUGCUGGUCAAUGCAUCAAGUCUCUCUCAGUACCAUUAUAAAUUCCUGCACCCUGAGACAAAAGCAUGUCUUGUAGUGGAUUCUGGUUACAGCUUCACGCAUAUUGUUCCUUACGUCAACGGCGUCAAGGUAAAGGAAGGAAUCAGGAGAGUCGACGUCGGGGGUAAACUUCUCACUAAUCAUCUCAAAGAAAUAAUCUCCUAUCGUCAGUUGCACGUCAUGGACGAGACUUACGUCAUCAAUCAGGUGAAGGAGGAUUCGUGCUUCGUUUCUCAGGACUUCUUCAAGGACAUGGAGAGAGCCAAGACCAAAGUGGAGAGUAAUCCUGUCGUUAAGGAUUACGUUCUGCCUGAUUACACAUCUUUGAGGCGGGGAUUUCUCAAGGAUCCAGAGCCCCAGAGUGAACACCAAACGCUCAGACUCAAUAAUGAACGAUUCGCUAUUCCUGAGAUUCUUUUUAAUCCCUCGGACGUUGGGAUCAGGCAAAUGGGAAUCCCAGAGGCCAUCGUCGAUUCUAUCAAAGCCUGUGAGGAAGAAACCUGGCCACAUCUUCUGGCGAAUAUCGUUCUUACUGGGGGUAAUUGCAAGUUCAGUGGAUUCCACGAGAGAGUUUACAAAGAUCUCAGGAGUUUGUCCCCUGAUGAGUUCAAGAUUAAUGUCAAUUUCCCAGAGAAUCCGGAAAGUUAUGCCUGGGAGGGAGGAAAAUUAUUCGCUGGGGAUUCGUCAAUGAAGACUUUUUUAUCAACCAGGGAGGAGUAUGAGGAGGAAGGACCUGGUUUUUGCUGCGACAAGUUCAGUGGCUGUAUGUAGAUUUAAUACGAUUUUAUAGAGAUUAAAAUUUUUACAUAAAAAGUUGUAAUUA